AUGUCGGAUAUUAACAUUGAUGGGUUCUUCUCAUUGGAAGGCAAAGUAGCCGUGAUCACAGGAGGCAAGUCAGCAACAUAUUUGCAGACGUCUGGACAGCUGACACGGGGACCUUCACUAGGUUCAAGAGGCCUAGGUCUCCAUACAGCAACAGCGCUGCUCUUAGCCGGCGCCAAAACGCUCUUCAUCAGCGCACGCAAAGCUGGAGGCGAACAGGGCAUCGACCAAGCCGUCAAGCGCCUCAACGAGCUUGCCGCGAAGAAAGGCCUCAAAGGUCGAGCAAUUGGCAUACCAGCCAAUGUCGCCCAAGAAGAAGACAUCAAGCGUCUAGUAACCGAAGUGAAAAAGCACGAAUCGCAACUCGACAUUCUCAUCGCCAACGCCGGAGCAACGUGGGGAGGCCCCUUCGAACCAACGCCAGACUGGAGCAGCCAGAAAAUCCUCGACCUAAACGUUCGAGGGGUCUUUAAUCUAGCAAGAUUGUUUUGUCCCAUGCUCGAAGCCUCCGGGUCGCCCGAGGAUCCUUCCCGCAUUGUCAUCAUGUCUUCUGUAGCGGGGACAAACGUCUCGCACGUUGGCGAUAAUGGAACCAUAAUGUAUAGUGCGUCCAAAGCAGCAGCGCAUCACCUCGGUCGAAAUCUAGCCGUAGAACUCGGACCCCGGAAUAUCACUGUAAAUACCGUCGCACCGGGUUUCUUCCCGUCGAAGCUGGCCAGCGGGUUGAUUGAAAAACUUGGUGGUGAGGAGGAGCUGUCCCAAGAGAAUCCGAGGAAGAGGCUUGGAGAACCGAAUGACAUUGCUGGCGUGAUGUUGUUUCUGUGCUCCAAAGCGAGCAAUUAUGUGAAUGGAGAGUAUAUCUCCGUAGACGGAGGGGCGAGACUUGGCGCGAAACGCUCGACGAGAUUGUAA